AUGGCCUCUGAAGAAGCCCACACUCAGCCCUCUCGCUAUGUCGGGUUUGACACCAUCACCUCCCAGAUCGAGAACCGUCUCCUCAAAAAGGGAUUCACCUUCAACGUUAUGGUGGUUGGCCGUUCCGGUCUCGGAAAACUGACCCUAGUCAACACCCUCUUCUCAUCCAAGUUGGCCGACACCUCGGGCCGCCUCAGCGCCGAGGAACCCAUCGAAAAGACCGUCGAGAUCAAGGUCAAACUGCACGUUUUAGUCGAGAACAACGUCCGUCUCAAUGUCAACGUGAUUGACACUCCAGGUUUCGGUGACCAGAUCGACAAUGGCAAGUGCUGGGAACCCUUGGUCAAGUACAUCAAGGAGCAACACUCUCAAUUCUUGCGUAAGGAGUUGAGUGCGCUGCGUCCCAAGAGUAUCCCUGACACCAGGGUUCACUGUAUUUUGUACUUCAUUCUGCCAAAUACCGGCAACAAAUUACGUCCAUUGGACUUGCAGGCACUUAAGAAGUUGUCUGAGGUAGCCAAUGUGGUUCCUGUGAUUGCCAAGAGUGAUUCGCUCACCAUCAAUGAGAGAGGUUUGUUAAAGCGUGCUUUGCAGCUGGAAUUUGUCAAGCACAAGUUGAAUAUCUACCCAUACGACAGCGAGGACUUGUUUGAGGAUGAGAAACAGUUGAAUGCUGAUAUCAAGUCUCUCAUUCCAUUCGCUGUUGUCGGCGCUACGCAAGAGCUUGAGGUCAACGGUGAGGUUGUCAGAUGCAGAAAAAGUAAGUGGGGUCUCAUCAACAUCGAAGAUGUUUCGCAGUGUGAGUUUGUGUUCUUACGUGACUUUUUGACCAGAACUCAUUUGCAGGAUUUGAUUGAAACCACAUCGUUGGUUCAUUACGAGGCAUACCGUUCCAAGCAAUUGUUGGCCUUGAAGGAGAACGCCAACACCGCCAAAGCUGCGGCCACCGCAUCUUCUGUUCAGCCAGUGCCUGGAACUGCUGCCGCUGCCGCUAAGGUUCUGUCUACGUCGACCAACACACUCGCUUCGCAUCCACUGCAACAGACGCAGUCGAUGGUCAACGCCGUGUCGCAAAGUACCAUGGCUACGCUUGGCGGUGCUUACUAG